AUGUCUGAAGUGCAUGAUCCCAGAAAGUGUCAGCACUGUCAAGGCAGCGGCGCCAUUCUGCAGCCGUUCCCUCUGGGCGACAAGGUUUUCAAUUUCAAGGUGGUUUGCCCGGAGUGUGGUGGGGCUUGCUGGACCGUUCUCUGCACAAGCUGCAACGGAAAAGGAAAGAUAGGCCGGACCUUGAACCUGUCCUUGGGCGGCAUCAGUUACCCGUUGAGUAGGGAAGAGAAGUGCGACCAAUGCUACGGAUGGGGAAAGCUGGCGGCAGCCCGCCACGACCCUGUCAAGCGCAAGCGUGUUGACGACAUGACAGCGCUUGAAAUGCGCGAUGAGCUCCGGAAGAUGCGCCGCAAGGUCGGUGGUACCAAAGCCGAGCUGAAAGAGAGGCUGCAGCAGGUUUUCGAAACCAACGAUCGAGGCUGGGCCAUGCGAUGCGUUCCUGAGGUGUCUUCGGGGACGUACCUUGAGAGUGGCACCUUCCGGGACGUCUUCCUCGUGACCUUCACCAAGGGGCCGCGCAAGAACCUGAAAGGUGUUUACAAGGUUUUCAAGGACGCCAAGACAGAGUCCCUCAUCCAAGAAGAUCUUCAGGCCGUUGCGGAAGCCGGUCGGAUCAUCGAGGCCUUUAACGAGUACAACGAGGAACACUGCCGCCAGCGCGGCCAGCCAGCUCGACGCAGAGUGUACUUGAACCAGCCCGAGGUUUGGAACUGUGGAGACCGCAAGGUUCUCGUGGAGCCUCUGAUCGACGGCACAUAUGCAAAGUUCAACUCCAACAGCGGUUGGGUGAAUGAAGGCUACAACAUGAUGCAGGCGUUGUCUCACUUCUCCUUCCAUUUCUCUGAGGGGCAGCGUCUCCUUUGCGACCUGCAGGGGGGUGGCUACGACACGCAUUACAUCCUGACCGACCCUGCGGUGCUCUCUGCGAAGAAGGAAUUUGGGGCCACAGAUGGUGGCUUGCGGAUGAUGCAGAACUUCUUUGCUUACCACAUCUGCAACGAAUAUUGUGAUCCAUCAUGGCUGCGGCUGAAGAAGCCUCGUGUCUGUGCCCCUGUGCGGUCGGGCACCUCCUUCUUUCCUCGAGGCACGGGGCGUUCUACAGCCGUGGAUGCCUUCCGCAACAAGCAGUUCCAGCGUCUUUGA